AAUGGUGGUGGUGGUUGUGUGUGUGAGUGUGUAAUAGAUGUAUUGCCUUGAAGGGCUGAGAGAUAAAUUAACAGAAAAACUGAGAAGAGAAAAGAGAGGGAAGAGGGAAGACUGAUAAAGGAACAAAUUGAAAAUGUGAAAGAGAGGGAGAGAAGGAGAGAAGGAGAGAGGGAGAGAGAAAAAGUGUGAGAAAGUGAGAUAUAUCCAUUAUUAUAUAUGUAUUACCUGUGAACUGCCAUAUUUUGGUAGGGAGCUAGUGAUAACUGGAUUAAGGUACCUCACACAUCAAAACUCUCUACACAUACACACACGUACACUGAUAUUAAGACUACAUUCACACACAUACACUCACACAUUCACGCAUAUAAAUAGAGAAACACACUUCCACACACAUACAAACACGUCAUAAAGAAUCUCUACCGGAAGAGUAGGGGAACAGAGAUUAAACUGAUGUUGCCUACUUUCAUAAUUUGUUUAGGUACCUUCCAUCUUCAAGACUUUUAGUGCAGUUGGUGACCUCAUUCAAAAAUGGCAUCUAUUUACGAUCACAUUUUCAAGAAGGGUUCCUUAACACCAGCCUUGGUAGAAAAAGCACGAAUUGAGCUUUAUGAAACUAAAGAUAAACAAACAAUAUGUAUCAAUGAGUUGCGCAAAGUUAUAUUGGAGAAUAAAAGUUGUGAUGAAGGGCAGGAAGUCUUUGAAAUGGUAGAGAAGAAAGAUGAUGAUUUUUUACUGAGAUUUCUACGGGCCCGGAAGUUUGAUGUCAAGAAAACAUAUGGAUUAUUAAAAGGACACCUAAAAUUUCAUAAAAACUACCCUCAACUCACAUCCGACCUCACUUUAGAAUCAGUUCAGCCCUGCCUUGAGCGAGGUUACCCUUGUCUGUUACCCCUAAGAGACAAAGAGGGAAGGACUGUGUUCUGUUUUAGUAUCGAAAAUUGGGACAAGAAUGAAUUCCCUUUCCUGGUAAUAAUGAGGGCUUACCUCUAUUUAUUACAAAAGCUCAUCGUCAACCACCAGACACAAGUUACCGGUUGUGUUCUUAUUGAGAAUUUCUACAAUUACUCCUUGAAACAGGCAUGGGGCCUGAAAACAUCAGAGUUAAAAGCAAUGGUGGAUAUUCUUCAGGGAUCAUUUCCUGCUCGGUUUCAAGGUGUACAUGUAAUUAAUGAGCCUUGGUAUUUUACCUGGACAUAUGCAAUGGUCAAACCAUUUCUGAAAAGAAAGCUUUCAAAAAAGGUUUUUGUCCAUGGAUAUAGUUUGGAAAAUUUCUGGGACUAUUUUGACCAAGAUUCCAUGCCAAAAGAAUUAGGAGGAGGAGGUCCAAGUUAUGAUUCUCAAAUUCUGAUAGAUGCUUUAAAAAAGCUUGAAAACGAGUAAGACAGGGCAAAACUGGUUCUAUAUUUAAAACAAAGAUAAUAUAUUUAAUUAAUAAUGAAUAAAAAUAAAACUAGUUUGAAACCACU